CGUCGCCACCGGAAACGGCCCCGCCCUCUGCCGGCGGGACCCGGAGGCGUCUCGGGCGCUGGGUGGUGCGCUGUCCCUAUGGCUUCCUACGUAGAGGUGAGCGUGUCCGGCUUCGAGGAAUUCAACCGCGCUGUGGCGGAGCACCCGGGCAAGACCAUAUUCGCCUACUUCAGCGGUUCUAAGGAUGCUGGAGGAAAAAGCUGGUGUCCCGACUGUGUGCAAGAACCAGUCGUUCGAGAGGGGCUGAAGCAUGUUAGUGAAGGCUGUGUGUUUAUCUACUGCCAAGUAGGAGAAAAAUCAGAUUGGAAAGAUCCAAAUAACGAUUUCAGAAAAAAACUGAAAAUCACUGCAGUACCUACACUACUGAAAUACGGAACUCCUCAAAAACUGGUAGAAUCUGAGUGUCUUCAAGAAAAUCUUGUGGAAAUGUUGUUUUCUGAAGAUUAAGAUUUGAUGUUGGCAGCUGUGUCCUGAUUUUCUGGUUUGCUCUAGUAUAAAAGAAAUUGUGUACUUGCUUUGAAUUCAUGAUGGCAAUAAAUUGUGUUAAAAUCAGUAUGUCUAAGCAAUAAAGAAUGCGAUUCUAAAUACGAA